AUGUGCGACUUUGAAACGAUAAUAGGAAGACUAUCGACCAUUCCUUUGGAUUUCGUGCCUUAUAUGGAAAAGCACAGAUUAUAUGAAUUCUUUUAUGAAUUAGUGACCCAAUUACUGAUCCAGCAACCAGAAGAUCCUGUGGUAUUUAUGAAACAAUGUAUUCAGCACGCUGUACAAAAACGAGAUAUUCCCAGAAUUAUUCUCAUAGCUCCUCCAAACUUCGAUAGAAUGGCUCUUGGGAAUGUUCUUCAGGAGGAAAUAGGUGUUCGUCCUAUCGUCUUGGAAGAUCUUUGCACCUCAUCUCCUGUAGAAACUACGCGUCAAUGUUUCGACGUCGAUGAGAUCGCGAUGAGAUUGAAGAAAACCUUAAUGUCGGGGAUACUCCAUGAAUCCGGAUGGGUGUUAGUCGAUAUACCGAGAAGCAAAAAGGAAGCGCGCGCAUUGCAACGUGUCGGUGUGAUACCCACUCACGUCAUACAAAUCGUACUACCGAAUGCCGGAGACGAGAAAAAAAAGAUAGGCAAGUGUGAUCAAGCUUCUCACAAAUCGCGCUUAUUGUCAGAGGACGCGGAACAACUCGAAUACAAGAGAACUCUUCGAGGUCUGCGUGAAGCUUAUGCUGAUAUCUUGAUUGGAGUACAAGCUGCUGAUAAGACGAUUCAAGAGUUGGGCAUAGAUUGCGCGAAAUUGACGAAAAUCAGAAAACACUGCGGCGCACCGUCGCUCUUUCGCAUUGUCCUUAUAGGUCCUCGAGGAUCGGGCUGUCACUCCUUAGCAAAGCACAUAUCUGAAAGAUUCAAUCUCGUACACGUCGACUUUAAUUAUAUCCUGGAUCAAGCGUGUUCGCGAGAGUCGGCUUUAGGUGAGGUUCUACGAUUAUGCAAGCAUAAGUGCGGAGCAAUGCCGAAGAUAAAAGUAGAAAUUGUCGAGAAAUACGUGAUAGGAUCCGAGUGUCUCAAGAGAGGGUGGAUUUUGACUGGCUACCCCGUUACCGUGGAGGACUUCAAGCUGUUAGAUAUGAUUUCUACACCGCCUAACAGAGUGUUCGUUCUCGAUGUGGACGCUGAAACGUGCAAACGGAGGCUCUUAAAUCGUCGAUACAACGUUACUACUGGAAGCGAGCAUAAUCUCAUCUCGAGUGAUUUUCUGAUGACGCUUUUAGGCUGCAAAUUAGACGUUCAUCCGAAAGAUCGCGAGGAGGUCGUUGAACGAGACCUUCAAGAAUACGAGAAGAAUAUAAAGUCUUUAAUGAAGUAUGCGGGGGAAACGGCGACCAUAAUAAACGCGAAGUGCGAGAGAAAAUUCGUGAGAGAAAAAGUGGAAGCCUGUUUAAUGCGACCGGCACCAAUUGCGAAACCUAGAAUUCCGCAACCGCCCCCUAUUAUUAAUCCGAUGGACGUGGAAUUUGAUCCUGACGAUGAACCUGAUCCAAGUGUUUUCAACGAUAUUCGAGCACCGGAGCCAACAUUUUUUUUCAUUUAA